GAGGAUGCCGGUUUGGCGACUGGAGUCCUCAGACGUUGGGAUAUGGAUUAAAGUCGUCAAUAUUUAAUUAUUGCGGCCGCUAUAAUCAUGAUAAACACCCCUAAAGGUUAAUUUAUAACGGCGAAAACAUCUAUAGGCUCUUAUUAAAUCAGCCGCAUAAGUGGAGGAUUUUACAGCUCUCUGUUCUAAUUCUUUAACCCUCAUUGAUCCUUAUUGUAAGCGACUGUAACACACCUUCAAAAUGCUGACGAGACUUUUCCGAAUCCACGGCCUGUUUGUGGCCUCCCAUCCUUGGGAAGUCAUUGUGGCUACUGUGACUCUCACCAUCUGCAUGAUGUCCAUGAAUAUGUUCACUGGAAACAACCAGAUUUGUGGGUGGAACUUUGAUUGCCCCAAAUUGGAGGAGCAAAUCUUAAGCAGCGAUAUCAUUAUCCUGACAAUCACAAGAUGCAUUGCGAUCGUCUAUAUUUACUUUCAAUUCCAAAAUCUUCGUCAAUUAGGAUCCAAAUACAUAUUGGGCAUUGCAGGACUUUUCACAAUUUUCUCCAGUUUUGUGUUCAGCACAGUUGUGAUUCACUUCCUGGACAAGGAGCUGACAGGCCUCAAUGAAGCCUUGCCAUUCUUUCUGCUGUUGAUUGACCUCUCCAAAGCGUGUACUCUGGCCAAGUUUGCUUUGAGUUCAAACUCACAGGAUGAGGUGAGAGAAAAUAUUGCCAAGGGAAUGGCUGUUUUAGGACCAACUUUUACUCUUGAUGCCCUUGUGGAGUGCCUGGUGAUCGGUGUGGGGACAAUGUCAGGUGUGCGACAGCUUGAGAUCAUGUGCUGCUUCGGUUGCAUGUCUGUCCUGGCUAACUACUUUGUGUUCAUGACCUUCUUCCCGGCCUGUGUCUCUCUUGUGUUGGAGUUGUCUAGAGAGAGCAGGGAGGGACGACCCAUCUGGCAGCUGAGUCACUUCGCUAGAGUUCUGGAGGAGGAAGAGGACAACAAGCCUAACCCUGUCACGCAAAGAGUCAAAAUGAUCAUGUCUCUUGGCCUGGUCAUGGUGCACGCUCAUAGCCGGUGGAUUGCAGAUCCCGCGUCAAGCAAUGGAACUCUUGAUCUUCCUCAAGUUGGAGCGAGUCUGAGUGACAAUAUGCCCAAGAGAAUUGAGCCAGACAUGCCCCUUUGGCACUUUUACCUGUCCAGGAUGAUCAGCAUGGACAUUGAGCAGGUGAUCACACUGGGUCUCGCCCUGUUCCUGGCUGUGAAGUACAUUUUCUUCGAGCAGGUGGAGAUGGAGUCCACCCUGUCCCUGAAAGUCCCCAAUCCAAGCUCCAUGCUCUCUCAGAAAUGGUCUCCUGAUCAGUGCUGUAGGAAAGAGGUUCCCACUUCCAGCAAGCCCGAGAAAACCCCAACUCCCCCUCCAGUCGUUACCAAAGAAGAAAGAGAUCUAGUGAUUCGGCCCCUGCCUGCCCUGAAAGAGCCUGAGCAUAAAAGCACUUUUGUUUUGGGAGACGACGAAGCUCAGGAGAUUGUUGAUGUGUCAGAGCCUGUGAUUAGUGUACCUGCCGAACCCAGACCUGUGGAAGACUGUCUGUCCAUUCUGAAAAACCCAGAUAUGGGCGCUCGCUACCUCAGCGACGAAGAGGUGAUCAGGUUGGUGAACUCAAAGCACAUCCCAGCUUACAAAUUGGAGGCCAUGAUGGAGACCCCAGAGAGAGGGGUGCUGAUCCGUAGAAAAAUGCUCAGUCCCAAAUUCCCAGAGCCCACAGCUCUCACCUGUCUGCCUUAUAAAAACUACGACUACUCUAAGGUGAUGGGAACAUGUUGUGAGAACGUCAUCGGUUACAUGCCAGUUCCUGUGGGGGUUGCUGGUCCUCUGUUAUUGGAUGGAAAGCAGUUUCAGGUUCCCAUGGCAACAACUGAGGGCUGCCUAGUUGCCAGCACAAAUAGAGGCUGCAGAGCUAUUGCAUUGGCAGGUGGUGCCAAUAGUCGCGUUCUUGCAGAUGGAAUGACAAGAGGGCCGGUGGUACGUCUCCCUUCUGCCUGUCAGGCGGCUGAAGUCAAGGCCUGGCUGGAAAGCCCUGAGGGCUUCAAGAGCAUCAAGGAGGCAUUUGACCAGACCAGCAGGUUUGCACGACUGGAGAAGCUUCUGAUUGGCCUGGCAAGUCGAAACCUGUACAUUCGAUUCCAGUCCAGAACUGGAGACGCAAUGGGGAUGAACAUGAUCUCAAAAGGAACAGAACAAGCUCUCGCCAGGCUGAAGGAGGAAUUUCCAGAGCUUCAAGUUUUGGCUGUUAGUGGAAACUACUGCACUGACAAAAAACCUGCCGCCAUCAACUGGAUUGAGGGCAGGGGCAAGUCAGUGGUGUGUGAGACCACCAUCCCAGCCAAAGUUGUCAAAGAGAUCUUAAAGACGACGACUGAGGCUCUGGUAGACGUCAACAUCAGCAAGAACUUGAUUGGAUCUGCUAUGGCUGGAAGCAUCGGAGGUUAUAAUGCUCAUGCUGCCAACAUCGUAGCUGCUAUCUAUAUUGCCUGUGGACAGGAUCCGGCGCAGACAGUGGGCAGCUCUAAUUGUAUCACUAUUAUGGAAGCUUCUGGCCCUACCGGAGAGGAUCUUUAUAUCAGUUGUACUAUGCCAUCUAUUGAGUUGGGCACUGUGGGCGGAGGCACCAACCUUCCUCCCCAGCAGGCCUGCUUACAGAUGUUAGGCGUGCUGGGUGCCAGCCGAGAGUGCCCGGGUGAAAAUGCCCGACAGCUUGCCAAGGUGGUGUGUGCUACCGUGCUUGCAGGAGAGCUGUCACUCAUGUCUGCACUUGCUGCUGGACACCUGGUUAAAAGUCACAUGACUCACAACAGAUCAAAAGUGAAUUUGCAAGAAGCUCCAGGAACGUGUACCAAGCAGGCAUCUUGAGACGUCACCUUCUGAAUAUGCAAAAGGGCCAUAAAGAAAGAGGAUCUCAUGUUUAAGGCACAAGUGAUUAAUAAUUUAGAUUAUUUUAAAGACCAACGAAAGGAAUACAGACAUUUGACUGUUCACGGUUCCCCUGAUCUGUUAAACACAAGUUGUCUUAUAACUACAGACAUUCUUUCAAAGUAAAACAGUGGUAAUUAAAGACCAACUGUGUUCACAAGCCUCACUGCUUUGGGAAAAACACUGUUUCCCAAUCUGCUUUAAGCUUAACUUGCUAUGGAAAGCAAAUCUGAUUUUAGAUCCACUGCAGAUAUAGAUACAGAAGGCCACACAAUUUAACUUAUUUCCUAAAAUCAAUGCAGUUCAGGUCACUUACAUGACCGACUGGAUGGGUUAAAGCUCAGUACAUUUUUUACUUUAUUAUUUGUUGGUGAUAGCAACAGGGAUCAUAUCAUUGCCAACUUUUUGCCAAACUGGAAACAGCAACAUUAGACAGAAAGGGAAGGAGAAAGUUUCCUCUUCAUUUCACUUAUAAAGGGAAACGACAUAGGACAGUACCAAUACAGAGAGGAGUUUAAAGUACUAUGAUUCACUAGUUGGUAAGCGUAGAAUAUCACAGAAUGACUAUGAAAUUGGCAAACGCAGCCGUCAAUGCUCACGAUGUUUUCCGUGUCAGAAUGUACAUUGGUUUUUUCUAUGACGCAGGAAUGAAUCGAAUGACUUGUGUAACUAAAAAGGGUUGUGCUCUGGCAUGACGGCACAAAUAUUUCAAAAGGUGCUACGAUCCAUAUGAUGUUUCAGUUCUUUGUUCACUUAGCUAUUUCUUUGUGUCUGAACACCUCUAAUAAUAAUGGGUUCAUGUAACAAUACACCACUUAAUGCAUCAGUCGGUUCUGGUUUUCAUGUCAUGGAAAAGAGUGGCUGUUUAGACAUGUAAUUUUCAUGCUAAAGACACUGAAAAGAAGCUUGCUAUUUUUUUUUCCCCAAAGGCACAAUUCAAAUUAUUCAAUAAAUAAUAAAUUGCAAAGUUUUGUAUAUUUUUUAUAAUAAAAGAAAAUAUAGAAUUUC